AUGGGCGUCAGGGUGCUGCUGCUGGUGCUGUCGCUCCUCCCCCCACUGACAGAUGCCCUCCCCCCUGAGCGUUUCCCGCUGCGCGUAGACUGGCAGCGGGGGGUGGGCCCUCAGGGUGGCUGCGGAGAGUGCCGGCUGGAGCAGUGCCCGGUGGCGCCGCAGUGCCCGGCAGGGCGGGUGCGGGACACUUGCGGGUGCUGCUGGGAGUGCGGGAAUGGGGAGGGGCAGCUAUGCGACCCGGACCCCUCUGCCCAGCGCUUCUAUGGGCGCUGCGGAGAGGGCCUGCGUUGCCGCGCCCCACCACGCCAGGACCCCGCCUUUGCUAGGGAGAGACGCCCAGCCCGCUGCGUCUGCACGCAGCAGGAGCUUCUCUGCGGCUCCGACGGGAAGACCUACGAGAACAGCUGUCAGCUGCGGGCCGCCCGCUACCAGCUGCAGCAGGAUGGAAAGCUGACGAUGGACCACCGUGGGCCCUGCAGAGCCAAACCAAUUAUCGCCACUCCCCCUCGUGAUGUCACCUGUGUGGACGGCAGUGAUGUCAUGUUUGGGUGCGAGGUGUCGUCCUACCCAAUGGCUGUGAUCGAGUGGAGGAAGGAGGGAAACAGCAUAUUCAUGCCAGCAGACGACUCCAACAUGGCGGUUCAGGCACGAGGAGGACCCCGGCGCUUUGAACUUACUGGCUGGCUCCAGAUCCAGAAGGUCCGACACGCUGAUGAGGGGGUGUACACCUGCACCGCCAGGAACAAGUUUGGGGAGGUGUCUGCUUCGGCCAGAUUGCAGGUUGUGGAGAAAGACUCCCAACUGGCUCAUCAGCUACAGCUUCAGAAAAAUGGUGUUUACAACAUUUCAGAAGACGAGGAUGAUGACGAAGAUGAUGAAGACUACGAGGGCUUUUCAAGUGGACUCACGUAUUGA